AUAACCUCACCUUCUAAACACGUCCAUCUUCUUCCUUCUUAAAGCCGCCGCUCCCGAUUGCGAGGGUUUGAUUUUACUCACAGCCGGCACCUGCUUUUUCGAGAAAGCGCAAGCUAGGAUGAGAAGAGCGCACAAUAUCUACUCCCAUUUCCUCGUCCCGAGGAGAACGAUCCCGCCUUCCUCAGUAGUUUCUAGCACCAGACUCACCGGAGAGCAGAAACUCCUAUCUGCCGCGCUUUACAGCUCCGUCACCGCGUUCGAUCUCAGUCGAUGGUGUUCGAGUCUUAGGUUUCCGGUUGCAUCUCCAUCUAUUGCGUCAAAGUCGAUCAAGAAUGGCGUGGCGGGAGCCCUGUCUUUCUCUUUCGCUCUGUCGACGGCGGUGGAGGCGAAGGAGCCCCCUUCCGCAGAGUUCUUGCCAAAAGAUGUGGUUCUUUAUCAGUACGAGGCCUGCCCUUUUUGCAACAAGGUUAAAGCUUUUUUGGACUAUCAUGAUAUACCAUAUAAGGUUGUGGAAGUAAAUCCUUUCAGUAAGAAAGAAAUCAAAUGGUCCGACUAUAAGAAGGUUCCAAUUCUUGUUGUGGAUGGCGAACAGCUAGUUGACUCCUCAGAUAUAAUUGACAAGUUAAACCACAAGAUCCAUCCUAAAAACUCUGCUGUUGAUGAGGAAGAGUCAACGUGGAGAAGGUGGGUUGAUGAGCACCUUGUUCAUGUCUUAUCUCCAAACAUAUACCGUACUGCUUCUGAGGCUUUGGAGUCAUUCAAUUACAUUACUACUCAUG